AUGAAGACAAUGGGCAUCACAACCGACAUGCUGCAAGAAUCCAACACAGGUUUCCAUGGCAUCAUCCCGACCCUGCCCGCAUACCCUCUCGGCAAGAUCUCCAUGGAUGUUGUCUUCGGCAAACCCGAUAACUUUAGGAAGGAACGACUCGAGUUAGAGGUAGUUAAUGGGGAAUCGCAGUACCACGCUAUCCUCGGGAGGCCAGCAUAUGCCAAAUUCAUGGCAGUGCCCCACUCUGGGUACCUAAUGCUCAAAAUGCCAGGCAACAACAGGACCACAAUCACCGUUCGCAGAAGCUUGUCACGAUCCGAUAACUGCGACAAAGACUUUCAAAAGAUCGCCUCCAAGUUUGAGGUCAAGGAGGAGCUCAAUGCACUAGACGACCACUUCCCGCUGCCGCACAUCGACCAGAUCGUCAACUCCACGGCGGGCUGCGAGCGCCUGUCCUUGCUCGAAGCUUACUCCGGCUACAACCAAAUGAAGCUGAAGGAGGAAGAUCAGUAG